CAGGAAGUGUGGAAACACCGCGUACCCUGGUGUUACUGAAGAGCCUUAGGCAUGUCAAUGAAGCACGCCAAGCCCAACUUCAGCCAGUCUCAGGUGUCUGAGAUGGUGAAGAAACUCUUCAACCUGACUCCAUCUGAAAUCCGCUCGCUGCCCAGCUAUGACGACCAGAACUUUUACGUGGCACCUGUCGAGGGUGGCGAGUAUGUUCUGAAGAUCAUGAACUCUGAGGACAGCAAGAACCCCACUCUGAUUGAGGUGCAGACCUAUGCCAUGUCAUUCCUGCACCAGAAUAGACUCCCUGCCCAAACAGCCGUGCCCACUACCACGGGACAACUCAUGAGUCUGGAGGAAAUAGAUUGUGGCUAUGGCUGUCAGAAGUACCUGGUGCGGCUGUUGACUUAUUUGCCUGGAACCACUAUUUCCAAGGUUCCUCUUUCACCACAGUUACUUUAUGAAACUGGCAAAACUGCUGCCAGAAUGGACAAAAUCUUACAAAAGAUGGAACAUCCUCAUCUUAGUGUGCUGCAGAGGGAAGAGUUCAAGUGGAGUCUGUCAUAUGUUCCCAUCCUGGAAACGUACCUCAGUGUGUUAGAUGGAGACCCUCUCCAGGAGGUUGUGAAGUCGGUCAUUCAUCAGUACAAGACCUCUGUGGUCCCCAAAUAUUCUAUUUUUCGCAAGUGCAUUAACCAUGGGGACUUCAAUGACCUCAAUGUGCUUGUGCAACCUGAUGAGAGUGACGGCUACAAGAUUUCUGGCAUCCUUGACUUUGGGGACAUGAGCAGUGGCUACUACAUCCACGAGCUAGCCAUCACCAUCAUGUACAUGAUGAAUGAGCACCCUUGUCCACUUGAGGUGGGUGGACCUAUCAUAGCAGGCUGGGAAAGUAUCUUUCCCCUCAGUGAGGCAGAGAAAGAUUGCCUCUAUGUAUUGGUGCUGUGCCGCUUCUGCCAGUCGUUGGUUUUUGCCCGUUAUUCUGUGACCUUGCAACCCGAAAAUGCAGAAUAUCUGAUGAUUUCAUCCAAGAAGGGCAUCCAUGUUCUCCAUCAACUCUGGGAGUUAGGAAAGGAGCAUGUGGAAAGAGUGUGGUUCCAGAGUGCUGCCCAAGUCAGUGACAGAAAGUGAGAAAUAUGUGACGAAAGCUAUUUUCAUAUUUCUCCAAGGAUCACCAGUUAAAAGCAGUAGAUUGUUUUCAUAGUUGAAAGUUUGAGUAAUACGUUUUUCUCAAGUAUGCAAGAGGAAGAACUAAUACUAGUAUGGUACAUAUGGUAAUGGUUACUCACCGAGUCAGACAGCAUUUAGGUAAUGGUGCAGUACAGUGUGUAACUUCAUAAGUGACUCAUAACAUAUAAUGAAGAGUCACUGAUUUCUGGCAGCUGUAACUGACCAGUCAUUAUACUGUAUCAUGUUUAGUCAUGUUUAAUAAGUGCCUUAAGUCAUCAGGGUCUGUAAUCUUUAACUACUGAACUAAGGUACUAUCUCUAGUGUAAACAUUGGACAUUCAUUUUAUUAUAAGUUUGACAAUAAUUGCCAUAAUUGUCUCUAUUUAUACAGUAGAUAUAGACAAAUCAACAUAUGAUAUAAUUUAGUCUCUAGAACAAUAUACUGCAUGUGACCUUUCCUCUAAUGUGUUUAGUAAUACAGUUUAUGAGGUGCAAAAUUCUCUAAGCAAUAAUGGAAGUGCAAUCACCACAUCAGUUUAUACUGUGCAGCACAACACUGUGCAUUUUACCAGCAUAUGUUCAAAACUAAUUUAAUAUGAAUUUUCCCUUCAUCAUUGCUUAAACCACAGCAAUUGAGGCUGCCAAGGCUAAUGAAUGGUUUAAAUAUUUAGUUGCCCAGGAGAAAUGCAGAUUUCUUCUGCAGCUAAUGAAACUUUGAAAAUGCAAACACUAGUUUGAACAUGUAUUUAUUCAUAGGAUUAUCACUAUGUUUCUUUACAGUGUGGUGCACAAGUGGUGCAGUGGUCAAAGUUCCUGUCCACAACCACAGUGACGCAGAGUUUGAUUCCCUGUAGCUGUACCAAUGAACACAAUUUUCUGUGUUUGAGGUUAACUUCCCAUGCUGGACCAAGCCCUGAUGCCAUGUGUCUAAGUGGCUUAGGUUACACACUACCUGUGCACCAACAAAAACCAUCAAUAAGCUGUGCAUCCUGACAAUAAAACGUCCCUUUUUACUGUGUAUUUGUGAUGGUAAUGAAUCAAGAGGGAUAAGAGGAACUGGGAUACAAUGCAAUCUUCUUCAUUGUGGUUCUCGUUCCUUGACGAAGUGAAUUGUAUCUGAUUUGCCAAGCAAAAAAAACAACUCUCAGGUCACAUGUUAACUAACUCGCAAUAAGUUACAGGCAUAAUUUAACAAUCCGACUACAUGGAUUGUUGCUCAUACAGGUCCUGGGUGCCAUAUGAUGUUUCUGUAGGAAAUGUAUCUCAACUUUUUCUGUUUGAUUGUGACCAGAUGUAAACAGGUUAAACAUUUUAUACUGUUUCAAUUACCUCAAUAAAUAAACAAAAAACAA